AAGACUAACAGAUGAUACUCAACGCCCGCGCGUAUGUCUUCGAUCAUUGCUUCAUGAUCGAAGAACGAGUUCAUGAAGCAACGAACAUGGCUCAACUGGCUAACAUGGAUCAAGUGCAAAACAAUGGCUGUCGAGAGGAAACGAACAGCAUUCUCUGUUGACAUGACAUUUUCGACCUCCAUUAUUACGUGCCGUGCCGGGGCCGGGAUCGGAGAAGCUCCAUUUCCAUUUCCAUUCAUUGUUCAAUAUAAAAAGCAGCGGGAAGGACAUCGAAUGCUGUCGACCUGCUCUCUUACCUUCACCUCGCGGUCUUCAUUUCCUCAAAUUUUCCCUCCCUGUCUCUACUACUCGCGUUCAUCUUUGACGGUAUGUAUUGCUUUCGUCCUCCCUCUGCACUUUAGGCUCUCGUGAACUGACUCUUCUUCGUCUCCGUGCAGUCGCCACUCCCUUAUAAGCACUCCCUACGCCGACAUUUUCAGUCGUCCCUACACUCCCUUGCGUCAAAGUCUCGACCCAUCCACUUAGUACAGUCAUGUUCAACUUCCUCACCCUCACUACCAUCGCACUCUCUGCGUUCUCCGCCGCUAAUGCGCUCGUCAUUCCCCGUGCUGCUGUUCCAGCAAGCUACCGGGUGGACAUCCUUGAGCCGUAUGCAGACUAUAAUAGUCGCUACAUGGCAAUCGGUUGCCAGAAUCAGCAUGGCUCUGCUUUCUUUGAUACCUGCUGCCACCCCUUGAAGAAGGGAGAGACCGUGGAGAAGAACCGUCCAGUGCAGUGCAACCCUGCCAACGUUUCUUCCACCUCGGUUCCUUCCAGCAGUGUGGCGCAGCCUUCCGCAACCCCUGCCCCUGAAGAUGACGGUGACUGCGAAGAUGAGGAGCCUACCUCCUCCGUUGCCCCGUCGGUCACACGUGCACCUGCUGCCUCGUCGUCUAAGUCUGCUGCACCAUCUUCGGCUCCAGUCAAUGCUGCUCCCGCUCCUCCAGCACCUUCCUCGUCUGCCGCUGCUCCCUCUUCCUCUCAUGUAGCAUCCUCAUCGUCUCCUGCUCCUCCUAAGGAGACUCCUACCAAAGCCACCCCGGCUUCUACCAAGCCUGCACCUUCGCCCGCGCCCAUCAAGUCCGUCAGUGGCGGUGACCUUGUCACAGGUGGAGUUGCUACCUUCUUCUUCCAGAAUGGCAAUAAAGGUGCAUGUGGCGAUUUGCAUUCCGACAACAACUUGAUCGCUGCUAUUGACGAGAGGCGUUAUGGCAACUCUGGCAACAGCUCCCCGCUUUGCGGCAAGCAGGUCGAAAUCACCAACACGAAGAACGGCAAGUCGGUCACUGUCACCAUCGCUGAUGACUGCCCCACUUGCAACAACGGCAAUUCCAUUGAUCUUUCCACUGGUGCUUUCAACCGAAUUGCCACUCCGGAAGAAGGAGAGGUUCCAAUUGCCUGGAGGUUCCUCUAAGCACCGACCUGCAGAUUCCUUCAUUCCACAUUCCCUCCAGUUCAUCUCUAGGGCGCAUUGAUGCUGCUCUCUUUUUCUUCUCAGCAUGGGGCUAGGACCCAUGUUUAACAUCCAACAUUGGGCUAGCGUUCAAUAGUUCAUGACGGCGAAGAAACGUUCCACGAGACUUAUGACCCCGGUGGUAGAGCCCCUAGAUCUUUCUUUUGAGGUCCGCCUUGCCUGCACGCUAUCCACGAUGUUUUAUGUUGUUUCUUUCAUUUCUUUCCAACAAGCUCCAGAAUCCUCAUUGCUGUAUUGUUAGUCCAUUUUCAUUUGCUUGGUACUUAUCCACUCUUCAUUCCUGCACGCUUUGGGUUCCAAGAGGUUGUUAGAUACUGCUUCCUGGAAUGUUCGUGCGUUCUGCUAGUACGCUGCGCGAAAUGUUAAUAUACCUUUUCUUGUUACAUUUUUCCUUGCCAUCCUU